UGCUCAGUCACAGGGUGACAGAAAAAAAGCCACCACCAUAAAAGGAUGUCUGCAUAAUCUCCCUUAAAACAACGUGCCAAGGUUAACCUACUUCAGUUUGGGCGAAUACUGACUGCUACCACACAGAGGUCCCAACAAGGCACUAAGAGAGACCUUGAACACUGCUGAUGGAUAUAAAAAUGGACAACUUUACUACACCUUCUGAAGCUCCUCUGGAAGGCGACUGUGACCUCUAUGCCCACCACCGCACCGCCAGGAUCCUCAUGCCUCUGCAUUACAGCAUCGUCUUUAUAAUUGGGCUCGUGGGAAACUUGUUGGCCUUGACUGUCAUUAUUCAAAACAGGAAAAAAAUCAACUCUACCACUCUAUAUUCAACCAAUUUGGUGAUUUCAGACAUACUUUUCACCACUGCUCUGCCUACACGGAUAGCCUACUAUGCACUGGGUUUUGACUGGAGAAUUGGCGAGGCCUUGUGUAGGAUAACUGCUCUCGUGUUUUACAUCAACACGUACGCAGGCGUGAACUUCAUGACCUGCCUGAGCAUUGACCGCUUCUUUGCUGUGGUGCACCCCCUGCGGUACAACAAGAUGAAAAGAAUUGAACAUGCAAAAUGCAUUUGCAUAUUUGUCUGGAUUCUCGUAUUUGCUCAAACACUCCCACUGCUCAUAAAACCUAUGUCAAAGCAGGAGGCUGAAAGGACUACGUGCAUGGAAUAUCCAAACUUUGAAGAAACCAAAUCUCUUCCCUGGAUUCUGCUUGGUGCAUGUUUCAUAGGAUAUGUACUUCCGCUCGUAAUCAUUCUUAUCUGCUAUUCUCAAAUCUGUUGCAAGCUCUUUAAAACUGCCAAACAAAACCCAUUAACUGAGAAAUCUGGUGUAAACAAAAAGGCUCUCAACACAAUUAUUUUUAUAAUUGCUGUGUUUGUUGUCUGUUUCACACCUUAUCAUAUUGCAAUUAUUCAACACAUGAUUAAGAAGCUUCGUUUUCCUGAUCUCCUGGAAUGUAGCCAAAGAUAUUCAUUCCAGAUAUCUCUGCACUUCACAGUAUGCCUGAUGAACUUCAAUUGCUGCAUGGACCCUUUUAUAUAUUUCUUUGCAUGUAAAGGGUACAAGAGAAAGGUCAUGAAGAUGCUGAAACGUCAAGUCAGUGUAUCAAUUUCCAGUGCCGUGAAGUCAGCCCCUGAAGAAAACUCACGUGAAAUGACGGAAACUCAAAUGAUGAUACAUUCCAAGUCUUUAAAUGGAAAGUAAAAAGGAAUUAAAUCUUGGAUUUAUAGCAAAGUAAACUGUAUGACAAACUUUGCAGGACUUUUCUUAUAAAUCAAAAUGAUUGUUUAACUUCUAAUUAGGAUUCUUUUAAAUUCCUGUCAUUGGGCAUUAUUUCUCACCUCCAACUUGG